AUGUCGAACGAUGAUCCGGCAAUAAUACCCAAACAAGGAUGGUUAAAAGUUAAAUUGAAUUCUCAAGCUAAAUGGCAUCGUCGAUACUGUAUUAUUGAUUGGGACAAAGCUAUUUUAUUUAUAGCAUCUAAAGCCGAUAGAAAUUAUCGAGAUUAUAUUAAGCUUUUACCUAACAUUUCAAUGAAUGAAUACGAACCUUCUCAUGACAACAUCAUUGAAAUUAAAGCAGCCAAUGAGACGCAUUUAGUACAAGCGGAAUCAAAAAAUGAAUAUGAUUGUUGGUUCUUAGCAUUAAAACAAACUGCUUAUAGUCGAUUUGGAGGUGCUAUUUUUGGUCAAUCAUUAGAAGAUACAUAUAAAUAUUCUCUUGACAAAACAUCUCUUGUGCCUUUAAUUGUUCGUCAUUGCUGUAAGUUUCUUCUCGAGCAUGGUUCGACAUUUGUCGGUUUAUUUCGAAUACCUGGAAAACAAUCUUCUAUUAAAGAAUUACGCGAUAUGUACGAUCGUGGUUUAAUAGUCGAACUAAACGAUACACAUUCGCCAGCAACCAUAUCUUCAUUGUUAAAAAUGUAUUUACAAUCAUUACCAGAACCAAUAAUUCCAAUAAAAGAUUUUGAUGAAUUUUUUGAAAUUGGUUCAAGUUUUAAAUACAAUGUAACAAAAGAUAUUGAUCGUCUAAAAAUAUUGAUCGAAAAAACAUUAUCAAAAACAAAUUAUGCACUUUUAGCAUAUAUAUGUUUAUUUUUAAAAAAACUUACUGAACAUGUUCAUGAAACCAAAAUGGAUACUGAUAAUUUAGCUUUGACUGUUGGAAAUAGUCUUAUUAGAACAUCUGAAGUAUUAGAUCUCAAUAUGGUCAAAGGACAUAAUUACAAUCUAUUGCCAUUAAUUAAAGCAUUUAUUGAUCAUAGCGACUAUCUUUUUUCAGCUGAUUUAGAUGAAUCAUCUGAACAAAAUAAUGAAUCAAUUGCAAAGUCCAGCGGAUUUUCAUCAUUUUCUUCACUUUUAUCAUCUAAUGAACAGCCGGCUCGAGCUCGUUUACGUUCAUCUUCAAUGCCAUCUAUACAUUGUCCAAGAUUUUCAUCGAUGGACAGUGAAAAUUUAAGUUAUACUGACCCAUCCGACAGUAAAGAUGCGUAUUAUCGUUCAAAAUUACUGCUAGAAAAACAAGCCAGUGAUAAAUCUGAUCAAUUAGAGAGUCAGCAAUCUUUUACAACAUGCUUUGAAAAAGAUUUUUCAAUAAAUCAAGAACAUACUGUUAAAUAUUUCAAUGAUGAAAGUCCUGUACAAAAGCAAUUUUCUAGUAUUGAAGUGGGAAAAUACGAGGAAAGAGUUCGACCACAAUCAAUGAUAACAGAACAAAACCAUUCAUUAGAUACAUCCUCUCAAUUAUUAUCAACAACCAAUACUUCAUCAUUGAUGCGUAAAACACAAAAAAAAACUUUCGUUAACAAGUUCGGUAGAUAUUUAUUCAAAUAUCACUAG